AUGGAGCCAUACUCUCUAGAUAAAAUUUACAAAGAGUACUCUUUAUUCACCGAGCAUAUGGCUCUCUACCUGCCACGCUCUUCCGAUGUGCGGCAACUGGCGAAAUACGUCCCCGAUGGCCAGAAGGCGACAGUCAUGCAUUAUUCGAUGGGCGGCGCGAGCAAAGCUCUUUGCGGCCAACAGGCGGCCCGUCCAUCAGGUUCGCGCGACUUCCUCCUUCAUUACCCUCACUUCGUCGCCCGAUCCGUCUCGUUCGCCUGGACUUUUCACCAUCCUGGUGAACGAGCUUUUCUACCAGAUGUGCUCUACCUGAACCCUUCAUUCGCCGGUGCCUGUUAUUUACGCCGCUCACUCCACCACCGUUGCCCACCCGCCGUGUUCUUGCAACCUCGCAACUCGAGCAGAUCAAAGCACGCAACAAUCGCAACCAUGCCGCACGCCACCGGUAAUCCCGAGGCGGACGCCGCGGAUGAUACGGAUUUUAAUACUUUGAUGACGCAGCUGAACAGCUAUAACGGACCGCAGCUAGACUUCUUAUCACGAGACUUAGAAACAGGCGAGAAGGCAGACGAUGCGAUCGACUUUGAAGACUUCGAUGACGAUGAACUUCCUGAGGAGGAAGAUGCAGUCGGGCCAGCUCGUCUACAACCCACUGAAACUGCCGCAACUGAUACCCUCCCCGACGCCGGAGAUGAUAUCGGGCUAUUUGAGGCGGGUGAGGAUCUUUUCGGAGAGGGAGAUGGCGCAGUUCAAGGGCAGGAAGACAAUCUUGAUGAUCUGUUUGGUGAAGGUGCCGCUUCGCCUUCGGCUGCUCAUGAUGAUACUCAUGACCUCUUCGAAGAUGAUGAGCCACCAUUAACAAGCCAGCCUGUUGAAUUACCACCCAUCCCCCCGGUUUCAGAGCAGGAAGCGCAAACGAUCCAAGAUGACCUGGACGAAAUGGCCGACGAUGCCAGCAUAGUCUCUGAGGAGAUGGACGCCGAAACCCUUCGCGACUGGAAGUUGCAACAGUCCUUAUUUGCGAUGGCCGGAUCCCGUCCAGGCGAGGUGCCUGCACCACCUGAGAGCGAUGAAGAAUUCCUCCAUUCCUUAUUCCCUAAAUUCGACCGCAACACACUUCCUCGAUGGCUCGAGAUCAUUCCUCACAAAAAGGCGAUCUUCGUUGGCAUGAAACCCUCGAAGGUCCCCAAGCCGGUCCUUCCAACAAAGGUUAAUAUCGAGCUAGAGCCUGAUCAUGAACGUGUGUUCAAAUCAACCCAGCCCCCGAAGGUGGGUUUCAACUACAAUCCAUGUCUCAUACGUAUCGAAGGAUCUCCUGAGGAAGAGGAGGAAGAGGAAACUGACGAGCUGGGUGAUGGUGACAGUGAUGAACUGCUACCCGGGGGAAUCACUAUGCAAGAUCUUCGGGUCAUCUGCGCGGACUGGGAAGUCAAGGACGAUAUCGUGGAUGAUACCCUGAAGGCGGCAUCUGAGCCUGAAAUGAAACCUUUGGAGGACGACGAUGAUUGGCUUCUCCAAGAAGAACAUGCGUCGAAGAAGCGCAAAACCGGCCCUACCCCGAAGGACGUCAUUGGGCUCUACCAUAUCGAUAUUCCUCUGCUGGAUGACCCUGAAAAGGCAUGCUCACGAAGUGCGAAAAAGGUGGUCAUUGACUUGAACGACCCAAAAAUACUUGUAGAGGAACUCCAACCAGAGGCACUAGCUCACAAGCCCAAGCAUGGUGUCUUACGUCUCCGAGAUGAAGUUGACACUACUCUUACUCGCCGCAUGACUCAGCGCUACAACAUUUCAAAUGACCAAGCUUACGACAUGCUCAAGCAAAAUCAUCAGAACAAGAUCCGCAGCACUCUUGGCAAUGUUACUCUCGAGCAUGCCAUGCCUGCCUUGCGCUUACAGUGGCCUUAUUACAAGACUGAACUUGCGAAAGACCAAGCUCGUUCAUUCCACAGACCUUCCAUGGUCUUUCGUGUCGGUCAAACUUCUUGGUUCAAGAAUCCAGCGCAUGUCAAGCGUCGGCAUGUCAAAGGGAAAGAUGCAAAAUCGCUCUACGACUCGACAAAGUCCCUUUCGAUGGCCGACAAUUCCACAUCUUUGCUGGUAGAAUAUUCGGAAGAAGCGCCCAUGGCGCUUUCUAACUUUGGCAUGUGUAAUCGUUUCAUCAACUACUAUCGUCGAAAAAAUCCAGACGACCCUACUCGCCCCAAAGCGGAUAUUGGUGAAACAGUCGUCCUGCUCCCACAAGACAAGAGUCCAUUCUCUAUUUUUGGUCAUGUUGACCCAGGUGAGGUCGUGCCCGCAAUCUCGAACUCAAUGUACAGAGCACCCUUGUAUCCACACCAGACGAAAUCAAAUGACUUCUUGGUCGUCCGAAGCUCUACCAGCUCCGCCGGUAGUACCUAUGUUAUCCGUAACGUCGAUAACUUCUACGUUGCUGGUCAGCAAUUCCCGUCUGUUGACAUUCCUGGGCCGCAUUCGCGCAAGGUUACAACAGUCGCAAAGAACCGCAUGAAGAUGCUGGUUUACCGACUUCUUAAGAAGAGUGCCGAUGAGCGCCUUUCUAUCAGCGAUGUCACUGCUCAUAUUCCAAACACGACUGACAUGCAGAAUCGACAGAAAGUCAAAGAUUUUCUCCAGCACGACAAGGAUACCAAGUAUUGGAAGCCGUUGGAUCCAGUUCUUCCUGACCAAGACACCAUCCGAGCGUGGGUCCAGCCUGAAGAUGUCUGUCUUCUUGAGUCAAUGCAGGUCGGCCAGCAACAUCUGACCGACACUGGCUUUGGCAAUGACCAAGACAAUGCCAAUGAUAACGAUGAUGACGAGGAAGGUGAAAGCUUCGAACAGCAAAUGGCUCCUUGGAAGGCGAGCCGUAACUUCCUUUUAGCCUCCCAAGGCAAAGCUAUGCUUAAGCUUCACGGCGAAGGUGAUCCUACCGGCCGCGGUGAAGGAUUCAGUUUCAUCAAGACAUCCAUGAAGGGCGGCUUCAAAGCUAUCGGUGAAAGUGUUGAAGAUAAACUUGAUGCCCAGCGACUCAAGGAACUAGGCGGCCACAGCUACAACGUUGCCCGCCAGCAAAAGUCAUAUGAAACCUCGAUCCGCCGGAUAUGGGACGCCCAAAAAGCCAGUCUUUCCUCGACGAUCGAGCAAUCAGAUGACGAAAGCGACAUUGAUCAAGCCGAAGAGCACGACGGCUUUGAUAAACCAACCCCUCGCUCCGAAGCGCAGACUCCAGCCCCCCGUCGUGACGACGAAACCACCAGUCAGUUUAGCCGAUUGAGCUUCGCGGACCAAAAGGGCAAAGUCUUGCGCAUUGUUCGCACGGUGCGUGAUGCAGACGGCAAUACUGUCGAGAAGGAGCAGUUUGUAUCCGACCCUCGCGUUAUCCGUCAGUACGUGCAACAUCGCCAUCGCUCUGACGCUCUGACCACAAAGCUGGAAUUGCUCCAGCCAACGGGCAAUCCCGAGUUGGACGCUCGCAACCGCAAACUUCUCGAAGCUGAGCUCCAGCGUUUGAACCGCAACAAGGAGCGUCGUUUCGCUCGUGAGAAGCAGAAAGGUAUCGUCCGCACUGGCGAAGGACCCGAUGGCAAGCCAGCUGGUACGCAGCGCAAAUGUGCAAAUUGUGGUCAAGUCGGCCAUAUCAAGACCAACAAGAAGCUCUGUCCGUUGCUUAAUGGUACUAUGAGACCCGAGGAUCGAGUCACUGAUUCGGCGUUCUCGAUGAAUGCUCCUGUUCUGUAA